AUGAAGACAACGACAACGAGAGCGGUGAUGCUCGCCCUCCUCAGCAGCAGCGGCUUCGCGGCCGGCGCCCGGGCCGCCGCGAACCUGUGUUUCUUCCCGGGGGGAAUUCAGGCCAGAGAUGUGCCGUGCGACCCCAAGGCCGAGGUCAGCAUGUGCUGCGGCAGCGUCAAUGCGUGCCUGAGUAACGGGCUGUGCAAGCUCGACGACACGUCGAACAACACAGGCAUCGCGUACGCAAGAGGGACGUGUUCGGAUCCGACGUGGCAGAGCCCCAUUUGUCCACAGAACUGCGUGUUGAACCCCGACACGCGAAAAAACAGCUCGGCCUUCGACUUUCGGUUCAACGGCGUACAGGUGUGGCAAUGCGACAGUCAGGGCUUCGGCGUACCGGGCAAGUUCUGCUGUGAAUCGGCCGCCGAGAAGACGCGGUGCUGCAGCACGCCAGCAGCCAUCUUCGGCCCCUUGAUCGCCGCGACGCCGGGCAACGCCGCCGCCGUGCAAACGCUCAACACCCACGCCCAGUCAUCGCCGACGCCGUCCGGAUCAGGUCAGAGCAGCGGCGUCACGGGCACGCCGUCGCAGCAGACCCCGGACAUGACGGCCGCCCCGACGAUGUCGAAUCAGGUUACCGACACGUCGGGCGGGGCGGGUGCGAGCUCGCCCACAGGGUCGAGUGACAACGACAACAGCAACAACCAAGACGAUGGACAAAAGGGGAUAGGGAACGUGGCGAUCGUGGGGAUGGGCGUCGGCGCGAGCGUUGGCGGCGCGCUGCUGGUGGCCGCAGGCGUCAUGUGGUGGUUGCGUAAAGAGAGGCAGAGGAGAGGACCCGUGGAAUUGGACGGCUUGAGUAGCAACGGCGGCGGCGACUUGUCGCCGUCGGGUACGACACGGAUCGCCUAUGGGGGGAUGAACAUCAACAACGGAACAGCGACGGUUAGUUCGAUGGGCACGGGUACGUAUGGCAUGGUGGGCAACCCCGUGGUCGUGAGAAGGGUGAGUAGCGACUGGGAAGGGAGCCCGGGUGGGAUCGGCGGGAGUUACCAGAUGGCUGAGAUUGAUGGAAAGGAGACGCUUGCCAUGCCGGAGCCGCAAGGGAGGAAGAAGAGUAUGUACGAGUUGCCAUAG